UUGAACGGUGAAACGGAAAGUCUGUCAGACACCGAGUCCCGCCUUCUGAGAUUGGCGGGUAACCUAGCAACGCAGGGACCACGGAGACAACAGUGCGUGGAGAAACCUGGAGCCCUCGGAGAAGGACUGCAGGACACAGUAGAAGCACAAAAGCCCCUUGGCCCCCCAAAGCCUCCAUCUCCUGGGGCCCACGAAGCCGGGGAGGACUGCCAGCGAGAUGGCCUUGGACGCCCUCGCUGUGAUCCCUCUCCACCAAGGGCCCUCCUUCAGCAAGAUGCCCCUGAGGACGGAGGCGUGGCAGAAGCCAGGCAACCUGGUGAAGCCUCCGGUCCCCUCCAAGUCCAAGCUCACCACCAUCGAGGCCAAGAGGAUCAUGUCCGUCCUGGAUGAGGCCAUCUACAAAGUGGAGCUGGUGACCCUGCUGUCCUACGCCAUCACCCACCCAGAGGCCCUGGAGGGGAUGCCCGGUGAGGGCGUGGCGGUGGCAGUGAGGGAGCACGAGGACCUCUGCCAGGUGCUGCUGGGGACCAUCAGCGACCUGCAGGAGAAGGACCUGCAGCUGCAGGCGGAGGAGGAGGCGUGGUUCCAGGACUGCCUGGCGGCCGCGGCGCAACUCAAAGCCAACCUGCAGCCUCAGAUGCAGAAGGUCCGCGACUCCAGCAGGGACAUCCUGCGCCUGCUGCUGACCGACCCCUUGGCGGCCAGGCUGCUGCGGCUGCAGGCGCUAGGCAGGAGCCCCGAGGCACAGCGCUUCAUCGAGGGCCUGGAGGAGCUGCGGGGCUUCCUGUUCGAGAGGCUCCUCACCAGCCCCAUGGAGGCAAGGGACAGAGCCCAGUUCAUCCAGGACAUCACCAGGUGCCACCGAAGGAACCAAGAGGUCAUCGGUGCUCUGGAGACGGAGCUGACCGCGAGGAUGAAGAACAGGGACUCCGAGGUGGAGAAGGAGAACUUUGUGAUCCAAGAACUGAAAAACCACCUGCACCAGGUGCUCAAGUUCUCCGAGAGCAGCCUCCUGCGCACCAAGCAGGAGGCCGAGAAGCAGCAGAAGGCCGACUCCCGGGUGUCGCAGGCCAGGCUGGCCAAGCUCCAGCAGGAGAUCCUGACCCUUCGCUCACAGUACCACAACCUGGUCAUGGAGAACCGGGAGGCCGAGCAGGCGCUGAGGAAGAAAAAAUAUAAAGUGGAGACAGAAAUCGAGAACUGGAUCCAGAAGUAUGACUCGGAGAUGAGUGAAAAGCAGGAGGAGUACGAGGACCUGGACCUCAUCCACAAGGAGGAGAAGCUGCAGCUGGAGGAGCUGAAGCUGAGGCACGCGGUGCUGGUGGAGGAGUUCUCCCAGAUCCUGGCCGAGAGGGAGGUCAACGCCAAGAAGAGGAUGGAGGCCGAGCGCGAGAUGCUGCGCAUGGUCAGGGCCGCCACGCUCAUCCAGGCCGUGUGGAAGGGCUACCUGGUCCGCUCCAUGCUCAGGUCCAAGAGGAAGAAGAGGGUCAAGGGCAAGGGCAAGGGCAAAGGCCUAAGCCAGAUCAAGGGCAAAGGCCUGGGCCAGGUCAAGGGCAAGGGCCAGGGCCUGGGCAAGGAGAAGGGCAAGAGCAAGGGCAAGGAGAAGGGCAAGGAGAAGGGCAAAAAGUGAGCCCGCCCAGGCUUCGCCUGCCCCCAGGCCUCACCUCCUCCCCAGACCAGGCCAGAGGCACCAGAGUGCAGAGACCGCCAUCCAGGGGGCUUUGUUUGUUUUAAAUUAAAAAACAUUUUUUUAAAACCACA